CCAGCCCCUCCCCCAUCCUCCGCCUGGCCCAGGGCCCCCCACCAGAUACCAGCCUCUGCCCCAGCGCCCUCUGUUCCGUCCCCACCCUAGAGCCCCCCAAUACCAGCCCCUCCCCAACCAGCAUCCUCUCAGUUCCUGUCCCAGAGCUGCCCCCCUGCCCAACUAGCCUCUACUUGGCCACCCCCAGAGACCCCCAAACCCAAAUACCAUCCCCUUCCCACACAUGCCAGCGCUCUGUGCUCAGCCCCCAGAAACGCUCCCUCAGAUAUUAGCUCUUCCCCCUUCCCACCAAACACCCUCCAUUGGCCCUGGCUCGCCUGCCCUGACCCCCUUUUAAUACCAGCUCCCAGGUCCCCCCCAAUACUAGCACCUCCAACCAAAGCUCAGGCUGCCCCCUAGACACCAGCUCUGGUCUGUCCACUGGGGUCCAGCCAGAACCUGCUAACUGCACCUGGGGCAGCUGGUUCAGAGCCUGGGCUGGCAGUGCCCUGGGGCUGUCCGCUACCUUCUGCUCCCUUGUCUCCUGGGGGGGUGAGGGCUUUCAAGCUCCUGAAAAUCCCCCCCCAAGCCAAUUCUGCCUUUUGCACCCACUGCUGCCCUAAAAUCCCCUGUCCCAGCGGAUGCUAGGGGCCAGCUCUGGCAGGGAGGGACUGUCGGGGGAGCAGCCCUGGGAGUGGAGGUCUGGGGGCAUUGUCUCCCUCCCCAGGAUAAUGGGAGGCAUUAGCCCUGGUGGCAGGGGGCUCGAUAUUAGGGCUCCAGUGGUGUAGUGGGGCCAGGUAGGAAGGAACGGGUAGGCUUCUGUGGCCAGAGCCCUUCCCUGAUCCCUACCUGUGCCAGUGCCACUCAGUCCUGUCCUGCAGCCCCUGCUGUCCCAGCACUGGGCUCCCCAUGCACAGUUCUGCUGGGGCCCUUUAGUCCAGACCCGCAGCGCUGUGAAACCCAGGUGCUGGUGGCAGAGGCUGAGCCUAGCCUGGCCAGCGCUGGGAUUUGCCAUGGUGCAGGGAGGAAGAGUUCAUGCUCUAACAGGGUGGCUGACAGGCACCGAGUAGCAAGCCCCGUUCACAUGGUGCUGCAUGGCCCUGCGGCCUGUGUUGCAAGCGCUUCCUGCAGGAAGCUGCUCUUUGCUCCAUACCAGCGUGAAGGGACCCUGUCCUUCGCCUCCUCCCCGUGCUGCAUCAGGAGCUGCCCCUGCGAGGGUGACUGCCAGGCUGGGGAUGGCAGCUCUUGCCUGGAUGGCCCUUUGCCUCGCUGCUACCUUUGCUGUGGACAGGAGCAACUUCAAGACAUGUGAGCAAAGCUCCUUCUGCAAGCGCCAGAGGAGUGUGAAGCCCGGGAGCUCCCCUUACAGGGCACUGCUGGAGUCUCUCCAGCUCAGCCAGGUCUCCAUGAAACUACAGCUUGUCAACGAAGUGAACAAGGUCCCACUCCUGCUGGAGCUUUACGGGCUGCAGGGGAACAUGACGCGCAUCAAGAUCAAUGAGCUGAGCCCGUUGCGCCCACGCUACGAGGUGCCCGAUGUGCUGGUGCGUGACCCACCCACCACCUGGCUGGCGGUGACGGGCCGGGACGAGAACAGUGUGGAGCUUUCGCUGGGCGACUCUGGACACAAGCUGAUCCUGACAGGGAAGCCGUUCCGCAUGGACCUGCUGCAGGGGCGGGAGCUGGUGCUGAGCGUCAACCCCCGCGGGCUGCUGCACUUCGAGCACCUGCGGCACCGGAAGGACUCUUUCUCGGAUAAAGUUAGUAGCUCGGUCGGUAGCUUGUGGGAUAAGAUCAAGAGCCUUUUCUAUAGGGAGGAGCCAAAGGAGUCAGCCCUGGAGGGCGGGGCAGCCGGGGAGGAGACCGAGCCAGCUGUGCCUGGGGAGCAGGAGUCCAGUGAGAAGAGCACAAAGUCAGAGGAGGUGUCAGACGGGCCGGACCGGGCUGAAGAAGAACUGGGUUCCUGGGAAGAGACGUUCAAGACCCACACGGACAGCAAGCCCAAUGGGCCGACCUCGGUGGGGCUGGAUUUCUCACUGCCUGGCUUUGAGCACGUCUAUGGGAUCCCGGAGCACGCCGACAACCUGCGCCUGCGCACCACUGAGGGGGGUGACCCAUACCGCCUCUACAACCUGGAUGUAUUCCAAUAUGAGCUGUACAACCCCAUGGCACUGUACGGCUCCGUGCCGCUCCUGCUGGCCCACAACACCCAGCGCACCCUGGGCAUCUUCUGGCUCAAUGCCGCUGAGACCUGGGUCGACAUCAGCUCCAACACAGCUGGCAAGACACUGUUUGGGAAGAUGCUGGAUUACAUGCAGGGGGGCGGCGAGACCCCCCAGACUGAUGUGCGCUGGAUGUCGGAGAGCGGCAUCAUCGAUGUCUUUCUGCUGCUGGGGCCUGCACCCACUGAUGUCUUCAGGCAGUACACAGCCCUGACUGGCACACAGGCCCUGCCCCCGCUCUUUGCCAUGGCCUAUCACCAGAGCCGCUGGAACUACAACGACGAGGAGGAUGUGGCUGCCGUGGACAACGGCUUUGACACACACGACAUCCCCUGCGAUGUCAUCUGGCUGGAUAUCGAGCACACCGACGGCAAGCGCUACUUCACCUGGGACCCCAACAAGUUCCCCCAGCCCCGCAACAUGCUGGGGCGCCUGGCUGCCAAGAGACGCAAAAUGGUGUCCAUUGUGGACCCGCACAUCAAGGUGGACAGCGGGUACCGGGUCCACAACGAGAUCCGCUCCCGUGGCUUCUAUGUCAAGACCAAAGACGGCAGCGACUAUGAAGGCUGGUGCUGGCCAGGCUCGUCUGGCUACCCCGACUUCACCAACCCUGAGAUGCGUGCCUGGUGGGCCAGCAUGUUCUCCUAUGACCAGUACGAGGGCUCCAUGGAGAACUUGUACAUUUGGAACGACAUGAAUGAACCAUCCGUGUUCAACGGCCCCGAGGUGACCAUGUACAAAGACGCCCUGCACCAGGGCGGCUGGGAGCACCGCGACCUGCACAACCUCUACGGCUUCUACGUGCAAAUGGCGACAGCGCAGGGACUGGAGCAGCGCUCGGGGGGCCUGGAGCGCCCCUUCGUGCUGAGCCGUGCCUUCUUUGCUGGCUCCCAGCGCUACGGUGCGGUGUGGACGGGAGACAAUGCAGCCGAGUGGGACCACAUGAAGAUCUCCAUACCCAUGUGCCUGAGCCUGGCCCUGACGGGCAUCUCCUUCUGCGGUGCUGAUGUGGGUGGCUUUUUCAAGAGCCCGGAUGCGGAGCUGCUGGUGCGCUGGUACCAGGUUGGCGCCUACCAGCCCUUCUACCGAGCCCAUGCCCACCUGGACACUGUGCGGCGUGAGCCCUGGCUGUUUGGGGAGGAGAACAAGGCCCUGAUCCGCGCUGCCGUCCGCCAGCGCUAUGCCCUGCUGCCCUACUGGUACACGACCUUCUACCACAGCUACCGCUCUGGCCAGCCUGUCAUGAGGCCGCUCUGGGUGGAGUACCCUGAUGACGUCACCACCUUCAGCAUUGAUGACCAGUUCCUGAUCGGUAAUGCAUUGCUGGUCCACCCAGUGACGGAGCAGGGAGCCCAGGGCGUGCAGGUCUACCUGCCUGGCAAAGGACAGGUUUGGUAUGAUGUCCAUUCGCACCAGAAGCACCAUGCCCCCCAGACGCUCUAUGUGCCUGUCAUCCUGAGCAGUAUCCCUGUGUACCAGCGGGGUGGGAGCAUUGUGCCACGGAAGGAGCGGGUACGCCGCUCAUCGGACUGCAUGUACCGCGACCCCUAUACACUCUACGUGGCGCUCAGCCCCCAGGGUACAGCAGAAGGAGAUCUCUUCAUUGACGAUGGGCACACGUACAACUUCGAGAGCAAGGCCCAGUACCUGCACCGCCACUUCAGCUUUGCCAGCAACUCUCUGACAGCCAGAUCGGCGGAUUCCAAAGGCAUCUUCGAAAGCCCAGCCUGGAUUGAGCGGGUGGUGAUCCUGGGAGCAGGGAAGCCAGCUGCCGUCUUCCUCAGACAGCCUGGCAUGGCCGAGACGCGCCUGGAUUUCCAGCACGAGCCAGAGACCUCUGUCCUGACUCUCCGCAAACCUGGCGUCAACAUCGGAGCCGAUUGGAGCAUCUCCCUGCGAUAAUACGUGUGGAGGGGGGGGCUUGGAGUGAAGGAUGAUGCUCCCCCACCCUCCCCCCAGGCUUCACAGGCAGGGAUGGGGCCUUGAGCCAGCAGUACCCCACCCCUCUCCCUGUAUCUCAGGGCUGGUCUCCUCUGUGAAGGGCAGACGGGGUGUUCUGACACCACCCCCACCCCCAGCCCUCCACAGUGUAGGGGUGGCAGGGAGGUGGGAGUGCCCAGCCCCUACCACCCUUAUCUUUCUCUGAGCUGCUUCAUAGACUAAUUUCCAGCAAUAUUUGCUCCUGGUUGUGAAUGACACAUCCUUGGGCUGGGAGCCAGGUUGCUGUUACCGUCCCACACCCCUUGCUGAUCAGAGGCCCCUCCCAGGAGGGGUGGGGGUGGGAGCAGCUGCCCAGUCACCCAGUUCUCCAGAAACAUUUAGGUGCCCCUGGCACAGUAGUGGGACCAAACACUUUGGCUGGCCUGAUCCUUUGACACUACUCCUCUCUCUCACACUUCUGGCUGCCCUUCCUCUGUGGGUGGGAGGGGUGGUCCCCCAUCUAACUCAGCCUGUCCCCCAAGCAAUGCUGCUGGACCAGAAGCAAAUUUUGGAAUGUGCAGGUGCAGGGAGCCUCCCUGUAUCCCACCGCGGGUGGGGGAAGGCACCCCCACCUUCCUGCAGCCCUUGUCCCCAUCCCAUGGUGGGGGGGUGUAGGUGGUGCACUGCCCCCACUACUGGGAAGGGGAGGGUUCUGCUGUGUCAAGUAUGGAUGACAGCAGCUCACUGUUGCUUGUAUUUAUAGGGGUGAGGGAGCUGAUGGAUCAUGUGGAGGGGGGGAUCAGAAUCCAGACCGUGGGCAAGGGGAGGGUGGGGGGAACUAGCUGUGUCUUGGCUCAUAUUGGUACCUACGGGCCUCUCUCCUGGCAGAAGGGGGGCAAUGGUGGGAGUAUUCGUCUCUACGCCCUCCCUUGGCUCUUGCAAGGUUGCUACCCCUGCCGCUGUCCAGGUGGCUGGGGGGUAGCGUUCCUCACACAGAGGGGCAGAGCUGGCACUGGCAUGUAUUUUUGUUCCCAAACUGCCUCUUCCCCCCAGAUGGAUGGACAGACAGAGCCAUGGGUAGCCUGGCCCUGCAGGGGGCGAAGUAUCAUCGACUUCAUGUUUUGAUAAAAGAUGAACAAUAAAAAGAAAAAAAAGUGAUGUUCUGGGCUUCUCUGCUGGGGCUGCGGGGAGGGGGUGGCUCAGGAACUGCAAUUGUCCCCACGCUGAUUAACCCUGGGCCUGAUGGCUCUGCCCACCCCACCCCCAGUGCCUCAGGGCCCCUUCCUCCCCCUACCA